AUGAGGUCAAUCAGUGUGGGUUUUGCUACCAGGCAGGUGGCCAAUAUGACCAAGCCUACCACAAUCAUCGAAAUAAAUGGGGACACGAUCACCAUAAAAACAAAAAGCACCUUUAAGAACUUGGAGAUCAGCUUCAAGCUGGGGGUGGAGUUUGACAAGACAACGGCAGAUGACAGGAAGGUCAAGUCCACCGUGACGAUGGAUGGAGACAAACUUGUCCACGUGUGGAAAUGGGACGGGCAAGAAUCAAAACUUGUGCGGGAGCUCAUUAAUGAAAACUCCUCCUGA